UCUCUCUAUUAUCAAAACAGCCCAUGAACAUCUUGCAACUUGCAGCCCCUGUUAUGUUUAGGGCCUGAGAUUUGGAGUUGGAUAUGGGCUCCUGUUUGUGGCCUCCUGUCUUCCAGAGUCUUCCAGUGCUGUCCAGAUAACAUCUCUGAGAGUCUCUUGAGGCCACUGAAGCAAGAGGCUUCAAGGUUUGUUCUAGGCUUCUCCAGUUGGCAGGUCUUCCCUAUCCUACCCCCUCCCUCAGGGCUGCCAGGCAUAUCCCUGCCUGGGCCUCCUGGCACAAGAGAUAAAAUGAACAGGGCUACUCCCAGCAACUGGUCCAGCAGAUACCAGCAGGGAGGGAGCAGGAGAGAAGGAACAUGUCAGGGUGCUCACAGGAGUAGCUGGGGGGAAGUUUUGCUCUUUCCAGAUUCUUAAGCCAACAAAAGUGCCUUCAUCAUUUUCUGUCUGAGAGACAGAAAGCCCAGAAGGAGCCCAGAAGCAACAGUUCAACACAGGUGCUUCCUGCAGCCAAGUGGAUACGAGGAGCGGCCUGCAGCCAUGGGACAGGCCCUGGGUAUCAAGAGCUGCGACUUUCAGGCAGCAAGAAACAAUGAGGAGCACCACACCAAGGCCUUCAGCUCCCGGCGCCUCUUUGUGAGGAGGGGGCAGCCCUUCACCAUCAUCCUGCACUUCCGUGCUCCAGUCCACGCAUUUCUGCCUGCCCUGAAGAAGGUGGCCCUCAUUGCACAAACUGGAGAGCAGCCUUCCAAGGUCAACAGGACCCAAGCCACAUUCCCAGUGUCCAGUCUGGGGGACCGAAAGUCAUGGAGUGCAGCGGUGGAGGAGAGAGAUGCGCAGUCCUGGACCAUCUCUGUGACCACACCCGCGGAUGCUGUCAUUGGCCGCUACUCGCUUCUGCUGCAGGUCUCAGGCAGGAAGCCACGCCUCUUAGGCCGGUUCACAUUGCUCUUUAACCCCUGGAGUAGAGAGGAUGCCGUGUUCCUGAAGAAUGAGGCUCAGCGCACAGAGUACUUGUUGAACCAGAAUGGUCUCAUCUACCUGGGCACAGCUGACUGCAUCCAGGCAGAGCCCUGGGACUUUGGCCAGUUCGAGGGGAAUGUCAUCGACCUCAGCCUACACUUGCUGAGCAAGGACAAGCAGGUAGAGAAGUGGAGCCAGCCAGUGCACGUGGCCCGUGUGUUGGGUGCCUUGCUGCAUUAUCUCAAGGAGAAGAGGGUCCUGCCCACCCCGCAGACCCAGACCACCCAGGAAGGGGCCUUGCUGAACAAGCGCCGGGGCAGCGUGCCCAUCCUGCGGCAGUGGCUCACCGGCCGAGGCCGACCUGUGUAUGAUGGCCAGGCCUGGGUGUUGGCUGCUGUUGCUUGCACAGUGCUGCGAUGCCUGGGAAUCCCUGCCCGUGUGGUGACCACGUUUGCCUCAGCACAGGGCACCGGCGGGCGUCUGCUCGUAGAUGAGUACUAUAAUGAGGAAGGACUUCAGAACGGAGAAGGCCAGAGAGGCAGAAUCUGGAUCUUCCAGACUUCCACAGAGUGCUGGAUGACACGGCCUGCCUUGCCCCAGGGUUAUGAUGGAUGGCAGAUUCUGCACUCAAGUGCUCCUAAUAGAGGUGGAGUCCUGGGGUUCUGUGAUCUGGUGCCGGUCAGAGCAGUCAAGGAGGGGACGCUGAGGCUGACCCCAGCAGUGUCAGACCUUUUUGCUGCCAUAAAUGCCUCAUGUGUGGUCUGGAAGUGCUGUGAGGAUGGGAAACUGGAGUUGACUGACUCCAACACAAAGUACGUUGGCAACAACAUCAGCACCAAGGGUGUGGGCAGUGACCGCUGUGAGGACAUCACUCAGAACUACAAGUAUCCUGAAGGGUCUCUUCAGGAAAAAGAGGUGCUGGAGAGAGUUGAGAAAGAGAAAAUGGAACAUGGGAAAGACAACGGCAUCCGUCCUCCCACUCUCCAGAUUGCCAAUCCUCUGUACCUGCUCUUGAAAGCACCCAGCUCCCUACCCCUGAGAGGGGAUACCCAGAUCUCAGUGACGCUGGUUAACCACAGUGAGCAGGAGACGGCAGUGCUGCUGGCAGUCGGGGUCCAGGCUGUGCACUACAACGGUGUCCUUGCUGCCGAGCUCUGGAGGAAGAAGCUGCACCUCACGCUCAGUGCCAACCUGGAAAAGACAAUAACCAUUGGCCUGUUCUUCUCCAAUUUUGAGCGAAACCCACCCGAGAACACCUUCCUUAGACUCACCGCCAUGGCAACACACUCUCAGUCCAGCCUUAGCUGCUUUGCUCAGGAAGACAUUGCCAUUUGUAGACCGCAUCUUGCCAUCAAGAUGCCAGAGAAAGCAGAGCAGUAUCAACCCCUCACAGCCUCAGUCAGCAUCCAGAACUCCCUAGAUGCCCCCAUGGAGGACUGUGUGAUCUCCAUCCUGGGAAGGGGGCUCAUUCACAGAGAGAGGACGUACAGAUUUGGUUCAGUGCGGCCUCAAAACACCAUGUGUACCAAGUUCCAGUUCACGCCGACACAUGUGGGGGUCCAGAGGCUCACUGUGGAAAUGGACUGCAACAUGUUCCAGAACCUAACCAACUAUAAAAAUGUCACCGUGGUAGCCCCUGAACUUUCAGCUUAAAUUCCCAGCUCUAUCACCACUCUCCUGCCAACCCUUGCUCUACAAUCUAAACCAAACAUGUGCUAGGAAGAGAAACU